AUGCGAGGGGGCCUGCCAGAGUGCAAAUACAUGACCCCCAAACCGUGUCUGAGGCAGAAAAAUGCGGGGGGUGUGGCCAGCUGGGAGGGAGUGACCAAGUCCUCAGGAUUUAGGCUGGAUUCCGCACCCCCCUCCCCCCCAACCCCGUCCCAGAAUCGGAAUCGUCUCAAGGAAAAGUGGUCUCCCAUCUCUUUCCCCCACUUCCUCGGAGGACCAGGGGCCGCGUGGGUGUGCGGGCGGCUGGGCCGGGCCGGGCCGGCCGUUACCUUGCCGGUCAGUCCUCUCCGCCUGCAAGGGGCUAAAGGGGCCGAGGGGCGGGGCAGGCGGGCCGGUCCAGGGCGGAGGAGCCGCCCAUCAAUCGCGCGGGGCUGUCCCGGUGCUCCUCUUCCUCCUCGCUCUUCUCCCCUCCCUUUAGCGGCCCCUCUUCUUCCUCCUCCCCGGAGGCAGCUUUUAGCCGCGGCGGCCGGGCUUGCUAGGGGCGGAGGCGGUGGGGGCGGCUGCCUAGCGUCCUCCCGUUUCCUUGGCAACCCGGCCCCCUACCUUCUCUCGCGGCCGCGGGGGCGGGGCGGGGCUGCGGCCGAGGAGGUCCUGAACCCGGACUUGGGAGCCCGGCCGGUUGCCGUGGGAACUAGUCGGGAUGCUGUCCGGAAGGCCAAGCGGCGAUGGCGGCAAGCGAGGAAGAGAUGCUGA